AUGGUGAUUGUCCCCCUCUACUCUGCCUACCUGAAACCCCACCUGCAGUACUGCAUUCAGCACAAGAAAGGCAUUGAGCUGUGGGAACAAGUCCAGAGGAGAGCCAAAAAGAUGAGAGGCUUGAGCACCUCUCUUGUAGAAGAUCUAAAAUUCAAACUUGCUUCACAAGAGCCAGAACUGCAACUGAGAAAUCAAGAUGCUGAAGCUUUGAUUGCUAAGAUAGGGUUUCAGACUGAGAAAGUGAGCCAAGAAAAGGCCAUUGUCAAAGCAGAGGAGCAAAAGCUUAUGUUAAGCAAUCAAGAUAGACAAAAAAGCUUCACUAUAGACUCCAGAAGAUUUCAUAUCUCUUCAGGACAAAGGCAGGAGAUGGUUGCGGGAGGACUUGAUAAGGCUGCCAAGUAUGGCCACUGGCUUCUUCUCCAAGUUGCCAAGGGGCUAGGAACCUUGGAAAAACUCCUUGAGCAAUACAGUGAAGAAAGUCACUCUGAUUUCCAUGUCUUCGUUAGUGCUGAACCAGCACCAGCCCCAGAAGAGCACUUUGUUUUUCAAGGAGUACUUGAAAACUGGAUUAAAAUUACCGGAGGAGCUCCAGCAAGGACAACUAAUCUAUACGCUGCCCUCUACAGUUUUGACCAGGAUACCCUUGAACUGUGUGACAAAGAACCGGAGUUGAAGAGCAUCCUUUUCUCUUUUUGUUAUUUUCAAACUCAUGAAUCUCCUAGCCUUCCGGGCUGCAAACAUAGAUACCCAUUCAAUUCUAGAGAUCUCACUGUUUGCAUCAGAGUUCUCUGUAACUAUUUAGCCAAUCACAGAGAGGUCAGACACAGUGGUCAGUUAAAUGCACACCAAGGUUAG